AGUUACGCGCUUGAAAAUUUUAUCCUACCUAGAUUCUGAAAAUCAUUAAUUUGUAUUCUGAAACAACAAAUAAUUUACAAAGAUAUAAAAAGAGUGAUCAUAUAGGCGGAUCAUGUUAUUGGGGGCUCGCAUGAUCUGACUUAUUAUUUGAUCACCCUUUUUGUAUCUGUUCUCGUAAAAUUAUUACUCUCCAGGCCUUUGAAUUUUGCUUAGUGUUUAAUACACAUAAUGUCUUCGUUGCGCGUAGAGCAGAUUCUUAGAAAAAUCUCAGAUUUCUUGAUAUACACAUUUCUGGAAUUUGUGAUUAUUAUCUGGUUGUACAUUAUAGGCUUUCUUGCAUUUCUAUGUAGCGAAUUCGCCAUGUUUUUUAAUCUAAGUCCCCCGUGCUGGCUUUGUACAAGAAUUGAUCAUGUGUUUGUACCUAGAAAUUAUGAUUUUUACUACAAUAAAUCUGUAUGCGAAGCUCACAAGAAGGAUAUUUCAUCCCUUGCUUAUUGUCAAGUGCACAGCAGGCUUUCGGACAUUAAAAGCAUGUGUGAUCGUUGCCUUCUUUCGUUUGCAACUGAAAGAGAUUCUGAUAUAGACACUUGCAAAUUUAUUUUGCAUAAGGAUGAUGCGUUUGUUGAGGAAGAUGGUAAGAUCUUGAAGGGUAGUGAUUCUGUGAGAGGUGAAAAGGGUAGUGUUAAUAUUAGGUGUUUUUGUUGUGGGGAGCCUCUGACAAGAAAUCCGAAGAAAUCUGAUAAGCAUCCAUCGAUGAGGGCCACAGCUCUUUCGAAUGCUUCCGUUUGUUCUUCCCGUCCACCAGCUUUGGCAGACGAGGAAGUGCGCGGUGUUGGAUUGCCUCCAAUUCAUAGCAUUAGGAUGAAGUCAGAGACUCAGCCUGAUGAAAAUGAAAUUGGUGUGAAUAAAGAAAAAUCUAACCAAGACGUGAAAGAGCCGGUGACGCCAUUAUUACCAGACUCUGAGGAUCUAAGUGAGCAUACCCCUAGUUUCACCAAAGAAAACAGAUUCUUCAAGAUUUCACUAACAGACACGGGUUCGCCAUUAUCCAGUCCUAGAUUUGCAAACCUUUCCAGCCCUAGAUACGGAAACAGACAAGCAAGAAAGCGACAGAUAGAGAAAGAACUACUAAUGGCAGACAAUAGUGACAAAAAUGCUGCAAAUGGAUCCGAGGGUGAAGCCUUGGACCCUCUGAAAAGAGAAGUUCGCUUGGAUCAGAAAUCAAUUGUGGAUUUAUACAUGGAACUGGAUGAAGAAAGGAGCGCUUCUGCAGAAGCAGCAAACAACGCAAUGGCCAUGAUCACGAGGCUGCAGGCAGAAAAGGCCGCCAUCCAAAUGGAGGCUUUGCACUAUCAAAGAAUGAUAAAUGAGCAAGCAGAGUAUGAACAAGAAGCCUUGAAAGUUAUGCAGGAUCAGGUUAGGCUUCUCGAGGCUGAUCUUAUGACCUACAGAGAAAAAUUUGGUCCUUUGGAGAUUGAAGACCUUGACGAAUAUGAAACUGAUAGAGAUGAAUAUUACGAUGACUAUAAGUCCGAAAUCCCAAAUGAUGAAAACUACUACAUUCCUACACCAUAUUGAAAUGGUAGAACAUUAGAUUCGAAAUGCAUUGGACUAUUAGAUUCGAAAUGCAUUGGACUAUUAGAUUCGAGAUGCAUUGGCUUGUAGUAGAGAAGAUCAUUCGGAGUUUUCAGAUUGUCUUCGGCCUGUAAUCUAGUAGAUAGCGCUGAGAUCAUUUUUGCUUAAAAUUGAGCAGAUAAACCUUACUUUGAGCAGAUAAAUCGAUGGUUUGAUGUAUGAAAAUCAACAAUUGAUAAAUCAAAGAGUAUAAAAGUGCAGCACUGUAUAUCUCUUAGCAAGUAGC